CACAGAAAAAAACACCAUAAUGCUAAUUCUGGUGAUAACCCUUCUACUGGAGAAAGUUCUAAUAGUGUCAGCUGUCGUCCUGGACCCCUGCUCUGCAUACAUUAGCCUGAAUGAACCCUGGAGGAACACAGAGUACCAUAUCAACCAGUCAUCUAACGUACCCCUGUGUGACAGUCACGUGUCUGGGGAAUGGUACCGCUUCACUGGCAUGGCUGGAGAUGCCAUGCCCACCUUCUGCAUCUCUGAAAACUACUGUGGUACGCAUGCUCCCAUCUGGCUCAAUGGCAGCCACCCCCAGCCUCAUGAUGGCAUCGUCACCCUGUCAGUGUGUGCCAGCUUCAAUGACAACUGCUGCCAGUGGAACGCCAGUGUGGAAGUGAAGGCUUGCACUGGAGGAUACUUUGUGUACCGCCUGCCCAGACCCUCAGUCUGCUUCCAUGUGUACUGUGGCCAUUUUUAUGACAUCUGUGAUGAGGUGGAUUGCAGAGGCCCCAGAUGUUCCAAGUCAGACUGUCGCUGUGCUCCUGGAACUGUCCUGGGACCAGAUGGACAAACAUGCCUGGAUGUGAACGAGUGUGAAAAAGGCAAUGGCGGCUGUGCAGAGCUGUGUGUAAACACCAAAGGGUCCAGGCGGUGUGAGUGUGGGCCAGGUCGUGUACUGGAUGAGGAUGGACACAACUGUAAAGAGAUGGCAGGCUGUCAUGUUAACAGUGGAGGCUGCAGUCAUGGCUGCUCCUCGCUGCAGGGCUCCUAUCAGUGCCACUGUCCCCGAGGGCUGGAGUUGGGAGAGGACAAACACACAUGUCAGGUACCAGUCCAGUGCGAUUCCAGCUCUAUAACAGUGUCAGUUCCUAAGGACCUUGUAGGAGGACUGGACCUGUUCCUGUCUAACUCCUCUUGCCGUGGUGUCUCCAAUGGCACACACAUCAACCUCAGCUUCAGUCUGAAGACCUGCGGCACUGUGGUGGAGGUAACAGAUGAUAAAAUUGUGGGGACCAAUCUGGUGACAGGCCUUCCGAAGAGCAGCCCAGGCAGCAGUGGGGAUUUGAUUGUUCGCACCAGCAAGUUAGUGCUCCCAGUCACCUGUGAGUUCCCCAGAGAAUACCAAGUAUCUGAUGGAUACCAGGCAAGUCUGCGCAGCUCAGACCUGGAGCUGGCAGGCCGCAGUGAAGGAGUCUUCCCCUUCUCCCUGGAGCUUUUUAAGAACGCAGAGUUCUCCGAGCCCUACCGCACCCCACCUCAGCUACACCUUCACGACUCGCUCUUCUUCGGGGUGGAGCCCAAGGAAAGAGUGGAGGGUCUCUCUGCGCUGGUGGAGAGCUGCUUUGCCACUCCAGGCCCCAAAGCCGACCAGGCCCUCAAGUAUUACCUCAUCAAGGACGGCUGUAUCUCAGAUGAAACAGUGACACAGUACUCGUCAAAAGACCAGCUCUCUAAGCACUACCAGGUCCCCGUCUUCAAGUUCAUUGGCAAGGACAACAAACAAGUGUUCCUCCACUGUCAGGUGUUAGUAUGUGGCGCAGUGGACGCUCGCUGUGCUCAACGUUGUCAGGGACGUGUCCGCAGGGACGUAUCAACACGCAAAUCUCAGGAGUCCUAUACACUGAGUGGAGGCCCUAUCUUUAUCCAGCCUGAACAAUGAAA